ACUGAGCCCGAGGAAGAGCAACAUAGUCCCGAAGAAGAAGAAUUUAACGGUUCCCGGUUGUUUAACCGCUUCUGUCUCCACGGAGGGAUCGCUUCUUUUUGUUUUGUAUUUAAAACCUCACCGUUCAGUGUUUUAGCUGAAUGAUUUACGUCCCGAAACGAGCCCCCGCGGAUAAACUUCUAUCGACAAGUGCCAUGUUCUGACAGCUUGCAAUUCAGAACCAUCAUUGCAACGCGAGUAGAGACUCGGGGCAAUGGAGGAGGGCUCUGAGGUGAUGGAGGACAUUGUGUUUCGAGGUGUGGACUUUUCUGUGAAGAUGGAGUUGGACAAGAAUUUGCUGAUAGUAGAAAUCUCUGACUCGGUUACAGCAGAUCAGUGGAGAGGAGAAUUCGACCCAGCGUAUAUUGAAGACCUCACUCGCAAAACUGGCAACUUCAAACAGUUCCCGAUUUUCUGUAGCAUGUUGGAAUCUGCUGUCAGGAAGACAAGUGAUUCAGUAACUCUUGACCUCCUGACUUACGCCGACCUGGAGCUGCUGCGUAACAGAAAAGCAGGCGUGGUCGGUCGUCCUCGCGGUCAGCAGCAGUCAUCUGCCCUCACCACCAAAAGAUACCUCAUCCUCAUAUAUACUGUAGAGUUUGACAGGAUCCACUACCCUUUACCUCUGCCAUAUGUGGGGAAACCAGACCCAGCUACUCUUCAGAAGGAGAUCCGAACGCUCAGGGGGGAGAUAAGCACUCUCACCUCACAAGGAGUUAACAAAUCUGCCCAUUUAGAAAUACAGCGUCUACGAGAAGAGCUGGCUGCAGUAAAGGAAGAAAAGGAAGGCAUGGCCAAGGCUCUGGGCCGACUUCAGCUGAGUGGUAAGUGUUCUACGGCUGAGCGAGAGGACUGGAGGAUCAGGGACGUGGUGAGGACACUGGAGGAACAGCUCAUCAAGGAGAGGGCCAAAAGUCAAAGGUCAACGAGUAAGAGGUGCCAGGAGCAGCGACUCCUUAUGGAGCAGCUAGAGGAGCUGAGAGCAUCGGAGUGCACCCUCCGUGUUCGUGUCAAGAGUCUCACCAAUGAACUGGCAUUACUGCGGAGAGGCAGAGUGACUCCUGGGUCGGGCCACGUCAGCUCUCGAGUUGAUGGAGAGAUCUAUCGCUCUCUUUCUCGUGAGAGGAGGUCUGGAUAUGGGACAGUCAGGGCUCGGUCUGAGUCUAGAGAGCGAACGGAGGACAGUCGGCAUAGAUCAGUGGAAAGAGCAAGAAGAGCGGACUCUUCUGGAGCACGGGCUCACAUACCCAGGCCAUCGCCUUCCCCGACAGGGUCCAGAGUGCCACGCUUCGACCCAACAGCCUACAUCCAGGACCGGCAGCGCAGGCGGAAAGAGACGGAACUCAAAAAACAGAGGAAGGUGCGAAGGGACAUUCUGACAUCACCCGUCAUCCCCGAGAGGGGCCGCUCCCGAUCCAGAGAGACCUAUCCUCAGGUGGUCCGGUCUAGCAGCAGAGGCAGGAGUCUGUCUGGGGAGCGCAGAGGCAGCAGGAACUCCUCUGAGAGCUCAUUAGCAGAUAUGGAUGAAAUGACCCAAACUCUGUUCAGGGGAAGAAAACUGAUGUACAAUGGAUCUAACGUGUCUAGAGGCCUCAUGACCAGAAAGCCUUUAUGCAGUACUCCAACAUACAGAGUUAAAGACAAAGAGAGCUCAAUAAACACGGGAGCUGAGCUGUCGGAGAUCGACGCGAGACUGCAGGCGCUUCAGGACUACAUGAGGGACUUGGACACAGGACACUAACUUGCUGCACGAGUCCCACCUGGACUCUUCACAUGUGAAGCUCAGGUCGACGGAGGA